AUCUCCGGCCAUCUCCACGGUGAGUUCAGAGUAAGGAAGAAGUGCAAUGAACCCGUCAAAUCAAAAUCCUGAUCAAUUCUACUCGCCAUUCCCUCCCCCCAAAUUCACUCCCACUCCUCCGCAACCGAAUGCUGAGUGCAACCCUAAUUUUACCGAAAUCCCAACCCCGAACCCUUCAACUGAGUCUUCUGUCGGUUCUAGUUCCGAUCAGCUUCUCUCGUUCUCUGUCCCUAAGAAGCGACGACGCGGCAGACCUCAACGGAGCGCGACAUGGUUUACCAUCCCAUCGAUUCCCAAUGUUACGCUCAGUAGUUCUACUCCAUCGUCGUCAACUAUGCAAGCCGCACGCAAUGUUGCGGACGAGAUCAUCGUGAUCAACAAGGAACCGACGUCGGAGGCUCUUAUUGCGCUCUCUGCUGGGUUCCCGGCUGACUCGCUCACCGAGGAAGAGAUUGACUUCGGCGUUGUGUCAGCUGUUGGUGGAAUUGAGCAGGUGAACUACAUACUCAUUCGAAACCAUAUAAUAGCUAAGUGGCGUGAUAAUGUCUCCAAUUGGGUUUCCAAAGAGAUGUUCGUUGAUUCAAUACCAAAACACUGUGCUUCUCUUUUAAAUUCUGCUUAUGAGUAUUUGGUUACGCAUGGGUACAUUAAUUUUGGUGUUGCUCCCGCAAUGAAGGAGAAAAUUCCUGCGGAGCCCAGUAAAAGUAAUGUGGUGAUUAUUGGCGCCGGGCUGGCUGGGCUGGCCGCAGCACGGCAGUUGAUGAGGUUUGGAUUUAAGGUGACUGUAUUAGAGGGGAGGAAGAGGCCUGGGGGAAGGGUUUACACAAUGAAAAUGGAAGGAGGGAACAGAGUGAGUGCUGCAGCAGAUUUAGGCGGCAGUGUUCUGACAGGUACAUUAGGGAACCCCCUGGGGAUCAUUGCUCGGCAAUUGGGUGCUUCUCUUUUUAAGGUGAGGGAUAAGUGUCCACUUUAUCGAAUGGAUGGGAAGCCAGUGGAUCUGGAUAUGGAUAAGAAGGUUGAGACAGCUUUUAAUCGGCUUUUGGACAAAGCCAGUAGGCUUAGGCAGUUAAUGGGGGAGGUUUCAAUGGAUGUCUCACUUAGUGCAGCUUUAGAGACUUUUAGGCAGGUGUUUGCAGAUGCUGUGACUGAAGAGGAGAUGAAUUUAUUUAAUUGGCAUCUUGCAAAUUUGGAAUAUGCCAAUGCAGGAUUGAUUUCAAAGCUUUCUCUUGCAUUCUGGGACCAAGAUGAUCCAUAUGACAUGGGAGGAGAUCACUGUUUCUUGCCUGGAGGGAAUGGGAGGUUGGUUCAGGCUCUGGCAGAGAAUGUGCCAAUUUUGUAUGAGAAAACUGUGCAUACCAUUAGAUAUGGUAGUGAUGGAGUGCAGGUCAUUGCUGGGAGUCAGGUAUACGAGGGUGAGAUGGCAUUAUGUACCGUGCCUCUUGGAGUUUUGAAGAGUGGAUCAAUUAAGUUUAUUCCAGAGUUGCCACAGAGGAAGCUUGAUGGGAUAAAAAGGUUGGGAUUUGGGUUGUUGAAUAAGGUGGCAAUGCUUUUUCCACAUGCAUUUUGGGGUACUGAUCUUGAUACGUUUGGGCAUCUUACUGAAGACCCGGCUCGUAGAGGGGAGUUUUUUCUCUUUUACAGCUAUGCUACAGUUGCCGGUGGUCCUCUCCUAAUUGCUUUAGUAGCAGGUGAAGCUGCACACAACUUUGAGACCAUGCCUCCCACAGAUGCAGUGACCCAGGUUCUCCAAAUCCUGAGGGGUAUAUAUGAACCACAAGGAGUCAAUGUCCCAGAUCCUAUUCAAACUGUCUGCACCAGAUGGGGUGGGGAUCCUUUCAGCCUAGGUUCAUACUCUAAUGUUGCAGUGGGGGCAGCUGGAGAUGACUAUGAUAUAUUAGCAGAGAGUGUAGGAGAUGGCAGACUUUUCUUUGCCGGAGAGGCUACUAUGAGGCGAUACCCUGCAACUAUGCAUGGAGCUUUCCUUAGUGGGCUUAGGGAAGCUGCAAAUAUAGCUAAUCAUGCUAAUUCCCGAGCCUUGAAAAGGAAGAUUAACAGGAAUCCAUCAAAUAGUGCUCAUUCUAUUGCUUCCAUUCUUGCAGAUUUGUUCAGGGAACCUGAUUUGGAAUUUGGAAGCUUUUCUGUUAUUUUUGUUAGGAAGAACACAGAUCCAAAGUCACCAGCAAUUUUAAGGGUGACAUUUAGUGAAUCUCGAAAGAAGAACAAUGAAGGUUCAAAGCCAGAUCAACAACAUUCAAAUAAAGUACUUUUUCACCAGCUUCAGUCACAUUUCAAUCAGCAACAACAGCUGCAUGUUUACACAUUGUCAUCCAGACAACAGGCCCUCGAUCUGAGAGAGGUCAGAGGUGGAGAUGAAGUGAGGUUGAAUUACCUCAGCGAGAAACUGGGAGUCAAGCUUGUAGGAAGGAAGGGUUUGGGGCCUGUUGCUGAUUCUGUUAUUGCUGCCAUAAAAUCUGAGAGGGGAAUUCGUAAAUCUACUUCAACUUCUCAGGCUUUUAAGACAGGUACGUCAAAGUCAAAGCUAAAGGCAGGAGCUCUAAAGCAAAAACUGGUUAGGAGGGCUAGAGAAGUGCGCAGCACCAAGGCUCUUUUUUCUCCUUCAAAACCAAAUGCAGCCAAUGACAAUACGGUGCAGGAAACAAAAGUCUUAAAUGAAGCUCCUCCUGAUACCUCUGGUUCAGGUCAAAAUCAAUCUGAGGUCUUGAAUAGUUGAAGCGAAGACUGGUCUGACGUCAGCCACCAUGGACCUUGGGGAUCUUGAGAGUACACAGAUGCCAAACGAUAACAUGUCAUAAAUCAACAGUGUUCACAAUAUAUGGCCACUUUGCACACCGUGACCAAUGUUUGUUUUCCUGGCUUUGGAGGAGCUAUAUUUUGUUGUUACAGUUUAUAGUAAAAUUUCUCCCAGAGCGAAGAUUCUUUUGACUUGCAGCAUUGCUAAGCAGAUGGGUGUCAGCACCUAGGGUGAAAGGUGGGAAACCAAAAAUGCAACUACCCAAGGAACAAGAGCUUAAUGCUGAACAUAUUUGCAAAUGCAAAUACCACCUUCAAGAUGUUCCUGCCACUCGCAUUGGUGCUGCAUUUGAGCCUCAGAAUUACUUUAGUAAGUGGGAAUUUGUUGGUACCACAAACAAAAGGUUUGGCUGGUCAAUUGACUCAGUAGUCUGUCUAAUGAUGAAAUUUAUCACAAACUAACUGCAACAUGGAGAAAUGCGGUCUGCAUGUCUGAGGAAUUGCAACAAUACCAAGGGAAGUUCAUAUGGAUUAUGGAGGCUGCUAGCUAGUGACGCCAAAGAUGUUAUAAAGUACAGUUUAGUGGCUUCAGAUGAUUACUUCAUUCUUACCUGCGCUUAGCCCAGGAUCUCUGUAGUGUUUUAUAAUGUCAUCAACUUUUAGCAUUGUACCGUUGGUAUAUGUUGUAUAUUUCAUAAUUCAUGUACAAAUUUCAUACAAUAUUGAUAGAUGAUUGUGUUUCCCCCCCUUUUUUUUCUGAACAGCAUAACAGUGUUUCAGUUGU